AUGAAGAGAAUAAAUGAAAAAGGAAUUGGUGAUAUCAUUAAUGUCAGCGAUGUAAUGAUGAAAAGAAAUUUUGACUCAUUAUUUACAAAACCGAAAACAGAAUAUAGUCUUUAUGACGUAAUUACCGAAUUAAUGAAAAAGAUUAAUGAUAAUAAGAGUUCUGGCGGAAGAGUUGAAUUAGAAGUGAAUGAUGUUAAUGAGAAAUUAGCCGAAAAAGCAGAUAAAAACCACGUUCAUUAUAUAACUUCAGACGAACAGAUUAUAACGGACUACCAUGGAUAUUUAACACGAAGUGAUGAAGCGAAGACAAAAAAUGUUAAUGAAAGAAGAUAUAAAUACAUUCGUGCUAAAGGUUAUGAUAUACGCUGUACUGUACAGUAUGACACGGGUAAAGCACCAGAAGCAUUUGGUUAUAACGAUGAAAUUUAUGCCUCUACUUUCUCUGUUAACGGUGUAUUAGUUGAACCAAGAUUUACUUUGAGAGUUAAGUCAAAAAUAACGUUUGAAGAUGCUAUUAAAAGUAAAGCUGACAAAGAUGAACUCGAAGCAAUGAACAAAGUUUUGAAAUCUCAUAAACACAAUAUCUCCGAUAUAAAUGAACUUCAAGCUACAUUAGACAGUAAAGCUGACAAGAACCAUACACAUAAAUCCUUCACUACUGUUAGAGCAGACGACAUAAUAUUGAACUUUGACCUUGGUUCAAGUGCACCUUUAGAGAAUCCAAGUACAAGCGUAAAAGAUACUCUUAACAAUUUAGAUAAGAGUUGCAGGAAUAUCGAAGAUCAUGCCAGAAACUUUGAAGCAUAUGAACUACCAACAAUGUUAGAUAAGAAAGCUGACAAGAACCAUACACAUAAAUCCUUCACUACUGUUAGAGCAGACGACAUAAUAUUGAACUUUGACCUUGGUUCAAGUGCACCUUUAGAGAAUCCAAGUACAAGCGUAAAAGAUACUCUUAACAAUUUAGAUAAGAGUUGCAGGAAUAUCGAAGAUCAUGCCAGAAACUUUGAAGCAUAUGAACUACCAACAAU